UCUCUUAUCUCUUUCUCUCUCUUCAGCGUCAACAUUCUCAUUCCCAUCAAAGCAAGGUACUCAAGUUUCAGCAAUGGCGGUUUCUACGAAAUGGGUCCUCGGUGCAUGUUCUUUGUGGCUUCUGGUGCUGUUCAUUGGAGAAGAAGCCAUGGCCGCACCACAGAUCUCUCUGCUCAGAAAUGUUGAAGUUGAAAAACACAGGUUGCCGAGCUUGAAGAACUCAUCAAUGGUGGCGAGGGCAGAAGAGGCUGAGAGAUUAAAUGGACGUGCUGCAGUGGCAAACCCAGAGGAGGUGGUUUCCAUGGUUGAAAUGAGCAUUAAGAACAGCACAGAGAGAAGGAAGCUGGGAUUUUUCUCCUGUGGAACAGGAAACCCAAUUGAUGAUUGCUGGCGUUGUGACCCCAAUUGGCAGCGGAACCGGAAGCGUCUUGCAGAUUGUGGCAUUGGUUUUGGAAGAAAUGCAAUUGGCGGUCGUGAUGGAAAGUACUAUGUGGUGACGGACCCAAGAGAUGAUGACCCUGUUAACCCAAAACCAGGAACUUUGCGCCAUGCUGUGAUCCAGGACAAGCCUCUGUGGAUUGUGUUCAAGAGGGACAUGGUUAUUCAGCUGAAGCAGGAGCUGAUUAUGAACAGCUUCAAGACCAUUGAUGGGAGAGGAGUGAAUGUGCACAUUGCUAAUGGGGCAUGCAUAACAAUUCAGUAUGUUACCAAUGUCAUCAUACAUGGCUUGCACAUCCAUGAUUGCAAACCCACCGGGAAUGCCAUGGUGAGGAGCUCCCCUAGUCACUUUGGGUGGAGGACAAUGGCUGAUGGUGAUGCCAUCUCCAUAUUUGGCUCAAGCCACAUUUGGGUUGAUCACAACUCCUUGUCCCAUUGUGCUGAUGGCCUUGUGGAUGCUGUCAUGGGCUCAACAGCCAUAACAAUUUCUAACAACCACUUUACCCACCACAAUGAGGUGAUUCUUCUGGGCCACAGUGACUCCUACACAAGGGACAAGCAAAUGCAAGUCACCAUUGCAUACAACCAUUUUGGAGAGGGACUUAUCCAGAGAAUGCCACGGUGUAGACAUGGAUAUUUCCACGUGGUGAACAAUGACUACACUCAUUGGGAGAUGUAUGCUAUUGGUGGAAGUGCUAACCCCACCAUUAACAGCCAGGGCAACCGGUACAAUGCUCCUGUGAACCCUUUUGCCAAGGAGGUAACUAAGAGAGUGGAAACGGCUGAAACUGAAUGGAAGGGUUGGAAUUGGAGGUCAGAGGGAGAUUUGUUGCUGAAUGGUGCUUACUUCACCCCAUCAGGAGCUGGAGCUUCAGCCAGCUAUGCCAGGGCCUCUAGCUUAGGAGCAAAAUCUUCUUCCAUGGUGGGUUCCAUGACUUCCAAUGCUGGUGCACUUGGUUGCCGUAGAGGCCGCCAGUGCUAGCAUUCAUAUCUCAAGUCAUGUGAAUCAAAUACCCAUUAAUUUCUUUGUGCUUUGAUUUUCAGUUUUUACCAUAUUAUAGUAUCAUAGUAUCCAUUCCAUUGCUUUCCCCACACGUUCCAUCCUGCAUUCUUGACAAGUGUACAUUAAUUACACAUGUCAAUAUAUAAUGUUUAUGUUACCCAUUACCACAUUGUGUGUUUAUUGUUGGUCAACCUUAGCUGCUCGACUUGCUCCAGCUGAAACAAACAAUGCAAUUGUAGGAGCAGGUGCAGAAGCGCGGUCCAUUGUUUUCCUUUUACUUUUUCUUUGCUUUGGUCCUUACCCACCAAUUCAUAUGCAUAUUUUUCCAAAUGUCAAAUCAUGUCU